UCAUUUCUCCUAUAGACAUCAGCCUGUUCUUCAUUUUUACAGCUUUAAAACCAGACUUUAUAGGCUAUGAGUAGGUAAGUCACAUUUACACAGCUUUUGUCACACAAUGUAAAGUGUCUUUCUGUAAACUGUUUUAUAAGUCUAUUUACAAUAGCUAGUAAAUUGUAGCAAAAUUCCUAGAUGUUAUAGUUUUUUUUUUUUUUUGUACAAUUUUAAGACAACAAUGAACAGAUAACAGGGAGUAGACGGACAUCACAAUUUACAAAACAUACAAUACAAUCAAAUAUACUUUACAACAGAAUUAAGUAUAUUACAAGUUUUUUGAGCUUUUGAAUUUAAAGGCUUUGUCAUACUGUCAAAAGUUUUGAACAGGGACUUGAUGUCUGUAGCAAACAUUAGAUAUUAUAGUGUUGUUACCGUAGUAAAUAUUAACAGUGUUUACUACAGCUUAUCAAUUCAUUAUGGUUACAGAAUACUGUUAGCAAAGUGUACAUAAAUAGUCCAAAUUAACGACGUAAUUACUGUAAAAUACAAUAGCCUACUAGAGUAUACUCAAAUUUGUUUUUGUAAAGACGAAUACUGCAAUAUUUUUAUGAGUUUUAUGUCGUUGUAUGACUAUAUUGUUUCUCCUUUCAGCUGUUGGAUUUUAAACUCGGAGUACAUCCCACAAAUAUGAAUGCUUCCAAAAAAAAGGAAUCACCGUACAUCAAAGGUUUUUUUACCACCAUCGUUUUCGGCAUUUUCUCUUUGUUUAUGUUGAUUCAACACACUGAGAUCAUUGCAGAAGACAGCCGUCUGUGUGCAUGUGACAGCUGUGUGAUGGAUUUGAAGGAUGACUACUGGUUUUUUAAACGAUUCAAUCCGACAAUUCAAAUUAUGAUGAACAAGAACAACAGUGUGUUAAAUGAAGACGUCGACAGUUGGUGGAAUAGUCUACAACCCUAUUCCUCAACGCAAACCUAUGCAGAUCUGGUGGACAUAUUGUUUGAUCUCUUCCCAGAUGAAGACCACUUUGUUGAGACGAGUUUAGAUCGCUGCCGAACUUGCGCCGUGGUCGGAAACUCUGGAAAUCUUCUAAAGUCCCAUUAUGGCGAACUGAUAGAUAGCCACGACUUUGUCUUAAGGAUCAAUAUGGGGCCAACAAAAGGUUACGAGCAAGAUGUGGGUUCAAGGACCACUCACAGGAUUAUUUACCCAGAGAGCGCUGUGGAUUUGGACAACUUAACCCAUCUGGUCCUUGUGCCUUUUAAGACCCUGGACCUACACUGGCUCAUCAGUGCCUUCACCACUAAACACAUUAAAAACACUUACAAACGAGUGAGGGGUACAAUAGAUGCAGACAUUGACAGGGUGAUGAUCGUCCAUCCUGCAUUUAUGAAAUAUGUCUAUGAUAACUGGUCAGAGGGGCGUGGCAGAUAUCCAUCAACUGGCUUCCUUACAGUAAUACUGGCACUUCACAUCUGUGAUAAGGUUGAUGUUUUCGGGUUUGGAGCUAAAAGCAAUGGAAGAUGGCAUCAUUAUUUUGACAAAACUUUGAUUCACUUUUCCAAAGGCAUGCAUAGUGGAAAUUUUGAAAAUGUAACUAUUCACAAGCUUCUGUUGAAGAACAAAAUUUUUAUGUAUAAAGGGUUAUAAUGGACAAUAUGUGAAUACUAAUGUAUAGAUAAAGUUCAAUAUACAUUUUCAAAAUCCAGUCACAAUUCAUUUUAUGUGACCUAAAAUUGCACAAAACUUGGGGAUCAUGUUUGUAUAAUAUAUAGUAGUCCUGAAAGUGUUGGUUGUGUAUUGUUCGUAUAUUGUAUUUGGUCUUUUAACUAUUGUUGUAAAAUAUUAGAAAAAGGGGGUGAAAAUAGUAUUUAAAAUGUCUUUAGAUAUUGAUUUUAUGACAAAGUGCAUUUCUAUCAAACAGCUAUGAAUGUUGUAGACCUGUCAUCAUCACUGUUGACACUUUACUAAGGCCUAGUUCACACGGACAUGUUUUUUUUAUAACUGGGGUUUUUCCUCCUGCGUUUAAAAAAAAUCCCCUCCACACAGUGGCGGCUCCAGAGAUUUUCUGAUGCAGGUGCUAUGGGGAUGCUCAACACUUAAGAGAAGGUGCUUUAAAUUUUGGGGCAUUUCAUUAAGGAGGUCGCAUCGGAACACCCUUAUACACGCGUACACGCCCGCAUUAACUAGCCUAUACUCGUUCCACGACUAUGUAAAAGUAUUCAACACAAGGGCAAUAGUUACAACAUACAUAAGCCUGCCAAUGUAAACCUCUGAAAAUAAUAUUUCACAGUCUAGCCCUGAAUACAACGGUCCAGCAAACGCAGAAAC